CGUCUUUGUGUGCGCAGAGGAAGCCUGCAGAUUCGGUCACAUCCAUAAAUCCAAGUAUACAAUGAGAGCGCAUUCGCCCUACCUUUUGGGCUGUUUUGCCCUCCUAAGCCUUGGACAGACCGAACAUGUCCAGCCGAGUGUCGAGCCGGAUGGAGUGUCAAUGACCUACAGCUCUGGAAUACUCUUUCCCGAGUUGCAAUCCAAGAAAGUGACGGUCAAAUAUCCAGCUGUUUCGGUGCCACCAAUGUUUGAGAAUGAUGGGAUGGGAGGUUUCUUUCAGCGUCCGACGCCUCUUCCUUGCACGCAGUGCGUGGUUACUUGGAUGCAUAUGGGCCUUGAAUAUACCAACGGCACCGUGGCAAACCCGGACACGGGAAUGUGGCUGCAUCAUGGAAUAAUGGUCAAUAUCAAUCGAACGGAUUCUGUUUGCGGGCCAAGAGCAUAUGGCCAAAGAUUCUUCGCCUCCGGUAAUGAGAGAACUGCAGUCGACUUCUCUGCAGGCGGCACCUUCAAAGCAGGAUACUUUCUCGAUGCUGCCGAUGCCGUCGCUCUCUCUGUGGAGCUUAUGAACAUGUUGGACGUUCCCCAGCAGGAUGUCGUCCUCACUAUAAAGUAUGAGAUUGUCGAAGGAGCCCAUAUCCAAAACUUUUUGAAAGUCACACCAUAUUGGCUGGACAGUGGAGGAUGCGGACCGUCUGGGCUUCCGGCUUAUCGGAACACCACGUUCGAGUACUCGAGUCCACCGGUCAAAGGCGUGGGUGAGGGAAAGUUUACCUUUGCUGGAGGGCAUCUGCAUGACGGCGGAACCCACAUUGAGCUGAUGAAGAAUGGGCAGGCUGUGUGCAACUUGAACGCUACUUACGUAAGGUACGAGUAUAUGGCCAACUCAGAGCGGCACAUUUCCAGCAUUGAUACUUGCCAGCCUGGAAAUGUCGAUCCUGGGGAUGUCUGGUCUCUGGUUGCCCACUACGAUACUCGACUGCACAAGCCGAUGGCCAAGUCGGAUGGGUCUCUAGAGCCGGUGAUGGGUAUCAUGUUGUUGUAUGCUGCGAACGACACGCCAGAGGCCAUGUUCACUCACUUGAACACCAUCUUGACCUGGAUCAUUGUGAUAGCUGCGGUAUUGUUGAUCGCCGCGUGGCUUGGCCUCGGGGGCUACUUAGAUUUGUGCGGGAAUUUGAGGGAGAGUAGGGCGCUGUCAGAUCGAGACAUGGAUCUUAAGCAGCCUUUGAUGGCUGUGUGAGCGAGGAUGACGAGAAUGAUUCGAUGAAAGACUUGAUCGUGUCGGGUCUGUACACAGUAGGUGGUAGGGACCUAGGUAGGUUAGGUACUCCGUAGCUUGCUAGGUAUCGCAAGAUAAAGUCGCA